GUUGGGAUAUCCAUAUGGGCUGGGCGUUCCAAUGAACGGUGCCAAAACAGAAGAAGAAUGAUCAUAACCACUUCUUUAAGCAUUUCAAGUUUUUCAACAUAACCAACAAAGUUGACUGAACUGAAACGAGGAAGACGCGAGAAGCGAGGAAAGCGUUUUACAAUCACAUUGUUUGAUAAGUAAUUUUUUCUUUUUCCCUCAGUGAAGCGAUAAUUUCGCCGAGAGGUUGCAUCUUUUUUGAAUCGCCUUGUCUUCGAGAAUUGAAUAAAAUGGCUGAAGAAGUAAAUCCAAAGGCUUACCCAUUGGCAGACGCAACUUUAACAACUAAAAUAUUGAAUUUGGUGCAACAAGCCAUGAAUUACAAGCAACUCCGAAAAGGGGCUAAUGAAGUGACCAAAACUCUCAAUCGUGGUAUUGCUGAAUUCAUAGUAAUGGCAGCAGAUGCUGAACCUUUGGAAAUUUUGCUACAUUUGCCAUUAUUAUGUGAAGAUAAAAAUGUGCCAUAUGUAUUCAUCAGAUCCAAACAAGCACUAGGACGAGCAUGUGGUGUUUCCAGAUCUGUUAUUGCUUGUAGUGUAACUAUCAAUGAAGGAUCUCAGUUGAAGCCUCAGAUUCAAACAAUUCAGUUGGAAAUUGAGAGACUAUUAGUGUAAGAUAUUUAAGUAUUUACAAAACAUUUUGUAUUUUUUCAUCAGCUUGUUCAAGAUAGUAUGUAAAGGAAUUAAAAUUAGCUUGGUGUAAUAACAUUUUUUCAACUUACCAUCCAAAUUAUA